CCACCGCGUCACGCAACUCGGCGAGGUCGCUGCCAAGGUCGUAACGUGCACUAACCGCGAUCACCACCACUACCCUCGCCACGUGGACGUCGGAUCGGCGAGUCCGGGGUGGCCGAGGGUCCUUUCAGUGGGCGUUCGCUAGUCGCCGUCUUCGCGGGGUUGGUCCUAGCGCGUCCGAGAUCAGGAUAGUCCGCCGGUUCAGCCCGGCCUCGCGAUGGGGUGAGCGGCAGGUGGUGACACGUGAAUCGCAAAGUCUGGCCGACUAGAGAUGUCGCAUCCUGAUGGCAAGAGGACCUCCUACGCGAGCUUGUGGCGUGAAUUCCUGGUCUUCAACACGGCCGCCAGAAGAUUUGGGUUAAACCGUCUGGCGCGUCUCGGGAAACCCGGAAUGAGCGCCUCCACAGUGUUUCCCGAAGGGUACGUGGAAAGCGAUCGCGCACAGCGUCAUGCAUCAACGUUGCCCAAGGGGGACGAGGAUACGCCUGAGCAGGAACGAUAUCGACGCAUGAAGGAGUUCGUCGGUCUGGAGGAGGUCACCAAGCUCGACUACCUGGUGAUGCUGUUCGCCGAGAUUCUGGGCACGUUUCUCCUGGUCUUCAUAGGCUGCGCUUCCUGUAUCCCUAAUAACGCAAAUAUACCGGCUGUCCUGCACAUCGCGUUCACCUUCGGCCUCGCGGUGGCAAGUUUGGCGCAGGCUCUAGGUCCGAUUUCCGGCUGUCACGUUAACCCGGCUGUGUCGUUCGGUUUGAUGAUCAGCGGAAAUUGCAGUCUUCUCAAAACUAUCAGUUAUGCAGUCUGCCAAUGUUGCGGCGCUAUUGCGGGAUUCGCUGUUCUCAAGCUGAUUAUACCUAAGGAGCAGGCCGGGGACAGAUUAGGCCUCACCGCGUUAGCGUUCAACGUGUCCGCGGCUCAGGGCCUAGCGAUGGAAAUAAUUAUCACGUUCCUGCUGGUGCUGGUCGUCCACGCCGUCACGGAUCCCAAGAGGACCGACGUGAAGGGUUGGGCCCCGCUCGCGAUCGGCCUGACGAUCGCGGUGGCCCAUAUGGCGGCGGUGCCCAUCACCGGCAGCAGCAUGAACCCCGCCAGGAGUCUGGGCCCGGCCGUGAUGCACGACCACUAUGAUCAUCUGUGGAUUUACUGGGUGGGUCCGCUAAUCGGCGCCGGCGUGGCCGGCGCCGUGUACAGGAUGGGUCUGAGGGCCAACAAGGAGGACAACGAGGGCUCGUACGACUUCUAGGGGCGACCUCUGAAUCCCGCGAAAACCAGAGGUCUUUCGGAUGUAAAUAAAGAAGUAGAAUUGUAAGGACGGCGUGGUGAUGACCGUGAGGCGGUUUCGCAUUCUUCGUCCGUUGCAUUUAAUAAGAUUAUAUUCGCGAAGGAACACAACUUGCAGGGAGUAUUUCUGACAUUGAACAAGUGGAACGCUGCGGAUUAAAGGGGAUCGAAGUACUAAAGUCGAUGAGUUCGGGGGAAAAAAUUGUUGCGGUCAAUAUUACCCCAGAGUGUAAAUGUACGCUCGGUAAUUUGUAUUCUUUCGUAUUACGUCGUUUUAAUCUCGUGUUCAUUAUAUUACUUACAUUCAGUAGCAACUGGUGUCGUCUGGUUCCUUAUCUUUGGCGUACCGCACCUCUUUAAUCGACAGCCCCGAGAAGCAGAAAUACAUUGACAUUAUUGUAUAAUACACAACGUACAAAAAUAAUGCAGAAUAUUAAUAUGUAUUUCGGUAAUAUAGUUACUACCCACAUAGCACGUAAUGCCACAGUAAAAUAUAUCGGAAAUAUUACUGUAAUAUUACUGCAAUGUUAUAAUAAGACUGAUAUAUUAUGUAAUAUUAUGUGCUAUGUGGGUAUAUAUUAUCGCGGAAUAAGAUAUGUGUAUGAUAUUAUCAGUAUGUGUAUCACGUCAGAUUGAUGUUCUUCCUCAGAGAUUCCCUUUCUCGUCUCAAGAAAUUAGAAUGUUAAAGUAUUCUCCUAGAUAUAUCGUGCGAAAGAAGAAAUUUCUUCAAUCAUCACCAUCAAUGCACUGUCACUGUGACACUGACAUAACUCGUGAUCAUCUAUCAAUCAACACCUUUGUCUCGUAUGCAUCCUGCAUCCGCUAUUAUUGUACAUCGCCAAUCUGAGUUUUGUAUAUAUUGUUAAUUUAAGGUAGCUCACGUAGACCGAAUGUAUUAUCUAUCAAUCUAAAACGUAGUGUGUAACGUAGUUUUAAUUAGUUUACAGCGCACCGACAUGGAUGACAUUAACAAAUAUAUUCAUUACUGUUAACUAC